GACCUACUUACCCGAGGUAAGAUCGGGAACAAGACGGAUGAGGUGGUGCUGGUGGGUUGUGGGUGCGGCUGUUCCUCCUCCCGUUCCCGUUCCCGUUCCCGUUCCCAUUCACCUCCCUCCGACCAAUAAUGUCUCUGCAUCUUCCACUUCUCCAAGAUUCCAACCAAUAUGCUGUCGUGAAUCUGCACAGCAUUCAGAGCCCCCUUUCCCUACCUUUAAAUGGCGUUUGCUCAUAGCUUAUGACGGCACCCGAUAUGCAGGGUGGCAAUAUCAGGAAUCACCACCUACUAUCCAGUGCCUCGUUGAAAAAGCCCUGACUCGAGCAACAAAGCUUGAAAGGAAGGAUCUUCACUUAGUCGGUGCAAGUAGAACAGAUAGGGGAGUUCAUGCUUGGGGUCAGGUGGCACACUUUAUUACGCCAUUUAACUACCAUAGCUUGGAAAACGUUCAUGCUGCUCUCAAUGGUCUUCUUCCUGCGGAUAUAAGAGUUCGGGAGAUUAGUCCUGCCAUGCCUCACUUUCAUGCUCGGUUUUCCACCAUAAGCAAGGUUUAUCACUACAAGAUAUAUAAUGACACCUUCUUGGAUCCGUUUCACCGUUGCUACACUUACCAUUGUGCUUAUAAACUUAAUUAUGCAGUCAUGAGAGAAGCUGCAAAUUAUUUCAUUGGAAAGCAUGAUUUUUCUGCUUUUGCAAAUGCAGCACAUAAUGAUCGAGUGGGAAAUCCAGUGAAAAUCAUUUUCCGUUUUGAUGUCAUAGAAAUGGGAGCUCUUGUUCAGCUAGAAGUUGAGGGCUCAGGUUUUUUGUAUAGACAAGUUCGGAAUAUGGUUGCCUUGUUGCUGCAAAUUGGAAAGGAAGCAAUUCCUCCUGAUGUUGUUCCUAAGAUUUUGGCUUCUCGAGACCGGAAGGAGCUUGCCAAGUAUGCUUCGGGUGCUCCUCCUCAGGGGCUGUGUCUUAUGACUAUUAAUUAUAACGAGGACCAUCUAAAGUUUCCAUCUGAUUGCCCUGAGACUAGUUUUGGUAGGCGUCAUCAUGUGAGCAAAUGCAAACUUCCUUUUUAUUGAAUUGAUGAUGGACGUUUUUGGGUAGGCUAGUUGGCAAAGUCUUAAGAUUUCUUGGUCGGUAUGAAAUUUGAACCUUCUGGUGAGUUUUUAUACAAAAAAACCAUAAUGUCUCUCGGGUCUGGACCUUUGGGUAAGCACGGGUGCCCUUUGGAUAUAGGAGAGCAAAUAAAAUACGAUGGGUCUGUUUUUCACUUUAUCUAGGACCAUAGUUUUCAUAACAAAAUGGUUACUGUUCACCGGUCAACUUUCUAUUGAAUUAACGGUGGGUCUAUUUUUUCACUUCUGCCA